AUGCAAGAUAUUAAUAACGUAUCAAAUAUAGAGGAGUUACUUUGCUUUUUCGAUGAUUUUAUAAAAAAUGGACACUCUAUCACCAUAAUAUGGGUAAAAUUUACCCUAAAUAUAUCAUCAGAGUCGUCUCAAAAGAUUAUGAAUUAUUAUUAUCAAAAAAAAAAAGAAGAAUUAUGUGUAACAUACUUGGUCGAAGGAUAUAAAAAUAAUAGCGAUGAAUAUAUAAAUGCUGUUAUUUCUGAAAAUGGCAUUGAAAGUGUGAAAAAGGAAGGCACCUAUACAAUCAAUGUUUACAGUUUACAAGCAAAAAAUAUUGAAACUGAUUUUUCAAUGUUAUGGAUGAAAGAAUUAAAUGAAAUAAAUAAGCGAAUAGUUUCUAAAAAUGGAAUAUAUGAAAAGUUAAAUGAUUUUGUUUAUGAAUAUGAAAAAGUGGAUUCACCAUGGGAUUAUCUAUCAUGUUCCCCAACCAAAAGAGAUAAUAAUGCAACUCCUAAAAAAAAACUUAUUACUAAUCCAGACUUAAAAAGUAGUAUUAUUGUAUCUGCUAAUCGCUCAGUUAGUAGGGAAAGUAAAGAAUUUCUAGCAUUAGUAUCACCUAAAAAGUUAAUUGACGAUAGCAAUAUGAUAUCAAAUUCAUUGUCACAAAAAAGCUCUAUAAACAGUAACAGAAUUAAUAAAGAUAUAAAUAUAUCACCUAAAAAAGAAUAUCCUACUGUGGAAACAAAUCUAGAUAAAUCGAAAAAAAAUACUAACACCAAUAUUGGUAGCACAAAUGAUCAGAUUAAAUAUUCAAAAAUUGUUAAAAGUGAAAAAUACGAUACAAAAAGUAGUGCUAAAAAUCAUGAACAAAAACAAUCGACUCAUCUUAUUUCUUCUGAAAAAGAAAUUAAUAAUAUUAAGGACACACACAACAAAUCAGAAAUAAAUAAAACAAGAGAUAAAUGUAACUUAUUUGAUCAGGACAAUUCUGAUAAAAACACAGUGGAAAAAGAAAUCGAAGAUUCUCAAAACCUAAGCGAAAAAGAACAUAAAACAGAUCCUUUUCAAUCAUCGACAUGCAACACCGAGGUGGCUAAAAUUAAAUUGGAAGAAUCUACUGAAAGUAAUAAAAGCACAGAAUGUCUUGACCCCGAUACCAUUGAAUCGGAUGUCACAAAACGAGUUAAAUUGGAUAAAGAAACAGAACUGUUCUUCGAGAAUGGCUAUUUAGUAACAGUUGAUAAAGAAGCCCCUAUAAAAAAAAAUCUUAUAAAAACCUUUACCAAUGACUCGAGUAAUGCUGAUAAAAAAGCACCGGCAGAUAAUAAUAAAAAAAAAAGAAACCUUCAACAAACAUUACUCACGAAUUUUUUUAAAAAGAAAAAGUAA